AAGCGAACCGCACUGUCCAAGAGCAACGGAAGGAGCUAUAACCAAACGGAUUUUUCUUGACCAUUGGAGUUCAGAGACCGGAAAGAAGACACUGGACAAAUUUACAUACAGGUUUGGAAUCAUGACUUUGAACAAAGGUGACAAGUUGCAGAACAUGGACAAAAGGAGAGGAAGUGUACCCUUUCCCCCCUUCAACCUGCAGAGUUUACACCGGAGGAGCAUGCCAGUGGAUGACCGCGAGCUCCGCUCCACCAUGCCCUCGGCGCAGAGUGGUGAGCUCUCCAACCUUGUGCGCUGCACCUCCUACGGACCCGGGGAGCAGCACCGCGACAGCUGCAUGUCUGAUUCAUCCGACUCCGUCAUCUCCUCCGGGAGUGACUCCGAUGGACACAUCUACAAGGUUGUCCUCCUCGGUGAGCACGGCGUGGGGAAGUCCAGUUUGGCGAGGAUAUUCGGUGGAGUUGAGGACAGUCAUGACUCUGAGGAGACAGGAAACACAUAUGACAGAUCAAUCAUCGUCGAUGAAGAAGAGGCAAAUCUCCUUUUGUACGAUAUAUGGGAACAGGACAACAGCCAGUGGCUGCAGGAUCAGUGCAUGCGGAUGGGUGAUGCCUACAUCAUUGUGUACUCGGUGACAGACAAGUCCAGCUUCGAGAAAGCUUCGGAACUGCGCAUCCAGCUUCGCCGGGCGCGACAGUCGGAGAAUAUCCCAAUCAUCCUGGUGGGAAACAAGACUGACCUGGUGCGCUCAAGAGAAGUGUCAGUAGAUGAGGGCAGUGCCUGCGCAGUUGUGUUCGACUGCAAGUUCAUCGAGACAUCAGCGUCGUUGCACCACAAUGUGCGCACUCUCUUCGAGGGCAUCGUGAGGCAGAUCCGUCUGCGCAGAGACAGCAGGGAGGAGAACGCCCGGCGCAUGGCCAGUUGCAAACGUCGCGAGAGCAUCAGUAAAAAGGCCAAGCGCUUCCUGGGCCGUAUGGUUGCCAGAAAGAACAAGAAGAUGGCCUUCAGACAGAAGUCCAAGUCCUGCCACGACCUCACAGUGCUCUGAGAGAGCUGGACUCGUCGGCCUUCUCACAGGCCGUUAAGACCACAAGCUGUGUUUUCAACACUAACCCCACGGACUAGACAACUGUACAGGCAUAUAUUUGCAUAUUUUAUAUUGUAAAAACAGAACAUGAGAGAUUAUGUGAGACUAAACUGAAGAUGAGAAGUUGAUAGUGAUUGCAUGAAGCUUUUUUUUUAAGUUUCUAGAUUUUACUUUUUAUGUUCUUUUGCUGCCUUACCAUGUAGACUUGUUGAAUUCUAGCUGCGUAAGUAGAAAGUUCUCCAAGCCGUUUCAUUUUUGAUCAAGAGCUGUAAGCAUGCUUUCACAAUGCAAAGCGUUCCUUGCAUUUGUGAAUACAGUAGCUAAUGUACAGUUCUCAAAAGUGAAGUACACUUCUCAUGUACACAUCUAGGAGAUGAGCACAAUUAAUUUUCUGUACUGACCUGAGAAAUGAAACCAUAUUUACUUGAAUCUGAGUACGCAGGUACGUACUUCAGUUAAAACAUACAGGACUACCGAUUAAGGGGGUAUUUGGAGGGUUCAAACUGAGAAAUUUAAUCACACAUUUAAUCAAAUAAUAUUAAAAUAUUUAAGUGCAAGGUGUGAUUAAAUGACAUAGAAGCAAUAAAUUGUGGUCUGA